GUCUCUGUCUCGCUAUCUGAGCCAGACGUAGCUCACUCCCUGAGUCCGGACUUAACACCAUGAACGCCUUCGUUGUCGUCUUCUCUGCCGCGGUGGCCUGCGCGUCGGCCGGCUACCUCGGACUCGGAGGCCUCGGUGGCGGGGCCGGCCUGGGCGGCCUCGGCGGUGGUGCCGGCCUGGGCGGCCUCGGUGGUGGACUCGGCUUGGGUGGUCUCGGUGGUGGCGCCGGUCUUGGUGGUGCCGGCCUCGGUGGUGCCGGUCUCGGAGGUAGCAUCACUCACCUCGGCACCGCGCUGGGCGCCGCGUCCGCUCACCCAGUGGCCACCCUUGGAGUGGUUAAGCAGCCAGUCAUCAACUACGGUGUGGUGGCCAAGCCCGUCGUCAGCUACGUCGCCCAGCCCGUGGCAAGCAUUUCUCACGUUGCCAAGCCAUUCAUCAGCUACCACGGUGGAGCCGGAGGUCUCGGCGGCGGUCUUGGAGGCCUCGGUGGAGCCCUCGGUGGUGCCGGACUCGGAGGAGCUGGACUUGGAGGAGCCGGUCUCGGUGGUCUCGGACUCAAGGGCCUCAAGCUUUGGUAGAAGGAAAGUCUGAAACUGGACGCGGCAUUACAAGACCUCUUAGUACAAAGCGCACGUACAGUUCCAGUAUCAUCAGCCUCAGUAUUGGAAACACACAGACAAAAUUUACGACGCGGCACUGAGAGUGCUUUGCCGCACGGAACUGAACGCUCAUUUGUAAUAUACGGCAACAUGAAAUAAAACUCACAUCUGCU